AAAAGAAAAGUAAAACAAAACAACUAUUCUCUUCUCUAUCAUUUAUUAGCUUCAUUAAUUCAUUCCUUAACUUCUCAUUUCAUUCAUUCAUCUAGUAUUUACUCUCACUGCCACUGCAUGAACACAUUGCUCUCAACUUUCUGAGCCGAAACGAUGCCGUUGCUGAGGUUUCCGGUCAGAAAUGAGUACAGCCUGGGUCAUCCGGAGCUCUACAAGGAGGCCAAUAAAGAAGAUCCCAAAGCCGUGCUUGACGGUGUUGCUGUAGCUGGCCUUGUUGGGAUCUUGCGUCAAUUAGGCGAUCUUGCUGAGUUUGCAGCCGAGGUUUUUCAUGGCUUGCAGGAGCAAGUGAUGACAACAGCUUCAAGAAGUCAUAAGUUGAAGGUUCGUGUGCAACACAUUGAAGCUUCACUUCCUUCCCUUGAGAAAGCCGUACUGGCCCAAACAAGCCACAUUCAUUUUGCUUACACAGCCGGUUCUGAGUGGCAUCCUCGUAUUGAAAAUGAGCAAAACCAUUUUGUGUACAAUGACUUGCCACGAUUUAUUAUGGAUUCCUACGAAGAAUGCCGUGAUCCUCCACAUCUUCACUUGCUUGACAAAUUUGAUACUGGUGGGCCUGGAUCUUGUCUGAAGAGAUAUUCAGAUCCAACCUUCUUUAAAAGAAUAUCAGGCAGCUCCAUUGAAGCAACUGCUGAGAAAUUACAACGAGAUAAGAAGACUCGUAAAAGCAAGAAAAAAAGGCCCUCUCAGAGGAAUGGCGAAAUAUCACGCAUUGCAUCAAUGUCCAGUCACAGUGGCAGAUUCCAUAUGUCAUCUCAAGCUGUUAAUGGACGGACUUCUUCUCAAACUGCAUCUACCAUUGAUAUGACAUUGAAAUCUGACUUUGGAGAUCAUUCAAAUUCUUUUGAUUCAAGAACUGGGUCAGGUUAAAUAGAAUGUGUUUUCAAUCUAAGCUCUUCCUUGCAACCUGGAGAUCAAGAGUCUAAGGAAUCCACGUCUAGUUUGAUGCAGCAUAUUGAUACCCUUGAUUCCAGGUUUUGUGAUGAGUCUACGCGGAUGGUAGAUGACAGUUUUCCAUGCAGUUCAUCACAAGAGCAAACUGCUCCAAGAUUGUCUUGUGUUAAUUGGGACGAAAAGGCUGAAAUAGUGGAGCCUGCAGAUCAACAAUGCGACAGAGAUGAAGACCCAGAGGUGCUUUCAACAAGCUUUGACAUAGAUACACGGGACAGAGGAAAUGCCAACCUUGAAAAUGUUGAUCAAAAGGAUGUCAUGCUAUCUGACGAAGACACUCCUGAAUUGAUUCUUGAUACAAAUCAGCUUGAUGAAGUUGAAAGUGAACCAGAUACUUUUAUGGAUGCUCUUAACACCAUUGAAUCGGAAUCUGAAAAUGAUCUUGAUUACCAAACAAAACGAGAAGUGGAGCAAUAUUUGUCUGAUGUCAGAAAUGACAGAAAAGAAGAUGGAAUAUAUGCGUCCAUGGGACAUGAUUCAGAUCAUUAUCCAUCUACUAUUGAGUCUCAUAUGGUAUCCAACAUCUUGCCAAGUAAUGGAAUUCCCUGUGCUUUAAACUCAGUCCCCUCAGAGAGUGUUGUCCUUGAACAGACACAAAUUUCUGGAAAGUCUUCUGAUUCAGACCAUUCACUGGACACUGAUGUCUGUGCUAGUUCUGAUAUUCUUGAUGUUUUACAAGCAGAAUCAGUUGUCAUUGAUGGUCCACCAGCAGAAUCAGUUGUUGAUGAUGGCCCACAAGCAGAAUCAGUUGUUGUUGAUGGUCCACAAGCAGAAUCAGUUGUCAUUGAUGGUCCACAAGCAGAGUCAGUUGUCGUUGAUGGUCCACAAGCAGAGUCAGUUGUCGUUGAUGGUCCACAAGCAGAGUCAGUUGUCAUUGAUGGCUCACAAGCAGAAUCAGUUGUCACUGAUGGCCCACGAGCAGAAUCAGUUGUCACUGAUGGCCCACGAGCAGAAUCAGUUGCCAUUGAUGGUCAUCAAACAGAAUCAGUAGUCGCUGAUGCUCGUCAAGCAAAAUCUGUUAUUAUUGAUGGUCCAAGAGCUGAGUCUGUUAUAAGUGAUCCAUCAUCCUCUGGCUCCAGGAUUUCUAAUUCUUGGGAUCAAUCUGGUGAUAAGAUCAUAAGCAGUUUUAGUGAAUCUCAACAACCUCAUGCUGAAUUUUCUGGCGUUCAAUCAGUUACAUUCUGGACAAAUGGUAACCUAUUGGGACUAGAGCCAUCAAAACCUCCUGCUUUUGCUGUGUCAAAUGUCACGGGUCAGGAUUAUGUUGCCCGAAGUACAAGUGAAACAGUAGGUCCGCCAAAUUCAGCUGUCAAGAGUGAUGGGCAAAGAGGAAAACUGAAUACAUUGGUUGAGAGUGCUGAAAGUUUUGUGGCAGUUUCAAGUUCUAAUAAUGAAAAAGUUCAACUUCCGUUAGAUUAUUCAGAUUCUAAAGUUGAAAAAUCCAUUGGUGCUCAAAAUAGUAUUAAUCAUGGUCAUGAAGGUGGUUUGAAUGUAACUUCUGUAGCUGUGUCGGGAACUGAGCUGGCACCAGAUGUCAAAGUAAAAUCUACGGAAGCAAAUCAAGGAAAUGAUGGAAACUCAACUGUAGUGUUUGGACUUGGUCAUAGGUUACUUGUAAAUGGUUUUCGUAGAAAGGUGCCCCUUGCUCAUGAUGAAAAAUCUGAAUCAGUUGGCUCUCUUGUAGCCAGUGUGUUAGAUCAGGAUACUGGGCACCAUUUUGAUGCAAAUCAGCCAAUUUUAAAGACAACCUUUGUGGAGCAGUUUGGGCAUGGAUCUCCUCUAGGUUCACUCACUUCUUCACCACCACUUGAACAUAUGAAAAUAUCUUUCAACCCUAUAGAUGGCCUUGAGACUUCUAAACUGAAACUAAAAUUUCCUGAUGGGAAUCAAUCUCAUGAAAGCAUUAGAGAUAUGUUUGCUUCAUUUCAGUUGGUCCCUGAGCCUGCUAUUGCACUGCAUGGGUAUGGUUCUGAUUCUGAUGAUGAUACCUUCUGCAGAUCAUCUCCUUAUAUGUCAGAUGAUUGUCUUAGUCACCAGUCUGAGUCAAAUUCAGAGCAGUGGGAAUCUGAUGAAUCCCCUGGAGGAAGCAAGGACCAUGAGCUAUAUGAUGCUUUAUGCCGAAUGUCAUCAAUGGAAGCUGUCUCAAGCUCUCUGCAGAUGGAAGGAACAACUAGGAAUGGCAUGCAUGUUGACCGAGGACUUCAAAUUAUGUAUAUGGAGAAUGGUGUAGAACCUUGUCUGUCGAGUCUUGAUCUUCCAAGUUUUGAUGCCAUGAACCCUGUAUUAAAUGGGGAAAUAAAGUCCAAUGAUCCUAAAAAUAUUCAACACUAGGAAAACUCUAGGGAAGUCACCCCACUGCCUCCACCUCUCCCUCCAGUGCAAUGGCGGGUCACUAAGUCCCAUUCAGAUGUGGCUGAAGAGGAACAAUAUUCUGUAUCAGAGGCUUUGGAACAUGGAUUAGACCUGAAGCAUUUGGAAUCUACCAUCUAUCAGCAACGUGAGCCAGCCCCGGCUAAUCAACUAUCAUCUGAAAAGGAGAACGUCAUUUCUAAUUGCGACAGCAAGGAAGACCAGCAGAAGUUGAAUAGGCAGAAGGAAGCUAAUCAGGAUGCAAAUGGCAAGGGGUUCGAUGAGAAGGAGGAUUUCUUGCAUCAAAUUAGGACAAAAUCAUUCAGCCUGAGGCCAAUUACAGCAAGGCCAACCUUCGCAUCAGGUCAGUCCGCAAAUGUCAAAGUCCCUGCAAUUUUAGAGAAAGCAAAUGCAAUCCGGCAGGUUGUUGCGAGUGUGAUGAUAAUUGGAGUGAUAGUUGAGCAUCUUGUGAUGUGCAUGCCGUCAUGGAGCAAAUUUCUUGUCUUUAUCAGAGUUGUUUGA